AGACACAUAGAUGUGACUUGGUGGCAAAGGGAACUAUGAAAGUAGAUCCCUUAUAUUUCGGUCAUAUGCGAUUUUCAAUGAGUCGAAGCCCUUACAAUCUAGGGAGGCUUCGGAGGGGAAAUAGAUCGAAUAGGGGAAUGGUCAGGUUAAUUCAGCUACUGUUCGUGACCUUAAAGGCCGUUUGGGACCUUGUUCUAGUAGCGCGUAGUACGUUGUUGGUGUGUCGCCACGCCGUUUUUUUCUAAUGAUAUUGAAUCGAUCACAAAGCCAAAACCGUGUUCAAAUUAGUUAUUAUAAACUACUGCAAUGAAUGAGGGACUUCUGAAUGGUCUUCACAUAGUGGAUAACGAGUGGCCAGCUUUGAAUGAGUUGAACAAAAAUUCGGGAAGUACUAAAAGAUUUGUUACUAGACUCAAAUCCAAACAAAAGUGGGAAGAUCUGCCUGUUCAGCUUACUUUUUCCAAAGUUCAAAGUUCGCUUCCUUCAGAAAGCAACCUUCCUCCAGAAAACGGGUAUCAUGUUUAUAAGGAUUUGAAGGAGGUGGACACAUUUGAGGCUACUGAACGCGCCGAACCUGCAAAGAGUGAAAAUCUGGACAAUAUCAGAAAGUUUCAAAGCAACUGCUCAAAAUCUCAAUGGUGUCUCUACGUCAACCCAAAUUUUGCAGGAGUAGAGCUAUGCUGCUUAGUGCCCCGGCCCGGAUUUAACCCCCGCGUAUUGUCACACUACCGUCACCACGUUUCCCAAAGCCAACCGUGUAGUUAUGAUACAAAUGAAUGCGUGGCCUGUGUAUCUGAAAGGCUUUCCAGGAUCAGGAAUCAAAUAGAAUACUACUUCGGUGAUAGGAACUUCACCCGCGACCGGUACCUUCAAGAAAAGAUGACUAUUGACGGAUACGUACCCUUAGAAGUUAUAUUGGACUUUCCCAGGAUGAAGCAGUUAGAUGCUUCGAAAAACCUUAUUAUUCAGGCUUGUUGUAACAGCAGUGUUGUACAAAUCGAUGCUGAUAAAGGACUUAUCAGACGUCGGUUAGCUGUGUCUGAAAGUUAUGGUGUGUCAGUCGAAUCCACAGUUCUACUCACUCAACAUGCACCCAUUUCCACCUCGAUCACUACACUGAGUUCCUCAACAUACACAUCUGAUGCACCUCCUUCAGAUACUGCUAGUAUGGAAGCGACAAACUCAGCAUCCACCGUCGCGGGAGAAAUAAACGAUGUUAAUUGGAUGAAGGUGGAACGUCGUCAACGAAGUCGUCUCAAGACUCUGUUGUCAACCAAUUCAAACAUCCCCGUGACUACGACAACCAGUCAUCGUCAACGGAACGAAUCUUCGUGUUCUGAGUUCAGUGAUAUUGAUGAAGAUGACCUUUUAAAUUAUCUAAUUGUCAUUGUUCCUGAAAGAGCGGGUGGACGCGCUUCUGAUCAAAGCACUCUUAACGCGAAAGCACAUGUAUCAAAGCCAUCUCGAACAUCUGAAUCGUGGAUUGAGAAAGCCGAUUUCGAAUCCGGUUCAUUAAAUACUACGCCUUGUAACACUACAGCUGACAAGAGUCAAAUAAUGCAUAGUGGAUACACAUCUUCUGAACAUACUGCCAAUUCUUCCCGUCUUUUGGCUAAACAUCCGUCUGGUGAUCGCCACCCCAAUCCGGAUCAUCAGUCCCGUGCCAAGAUUCAUGCAGACAUGCUACAAAGAAUUCGACUGGGACUUGAGGAUUAUGAACAAAAUGUGAAGCGCGAACGUUACACCUCUAUUUGUGAACUUGGUUUUGAAGAUGAUGUUGAAGAACCGAAUAACUCACCUUUAUCUGAUAAGUCAUCCAGUCAAUCUCUAACUCGCUUGGAAAAAAUCAACCUUGUUUCGCCAGAAGAUUUUGUCAGCCUUAAAGAAGCUGCUGCCUCCGGUUCAACCGAACGGCCAAUUUAUGUUUCUCAUGAAAAUGUCAACAUCUUAGAAGACUCACACUUGAAUUCAGCUCGAUUAGAAAGAACUAAAACUCAGUCUGUUUCAAAUUCCUACCCAACAUUUCCUUUUUAUUUUCCUAACGUGUUACCUCCUGAACCAUCACAACUGGUCGCUAGUUCCUCAUGGAUUCCCUCAUAUCCUGUCCUGCCACUUUACAAUCCCGAAGUACUGCCAUGUUCGUUAGAUAUGGGGUCAUUAACACCCAGUCAAGUUGAACAGCAGUUGGAAGCAGAAAACGCAGUGGCAGCUCUAGUUGCUGAAGUUUCAAGGGCUGCCGUGGCAUCCGCUUCUCAAAGUCAAAAAUCUAUGAUAACUGACAAACCUAAAAACAAACAUACCGCAAAGCGUCGUAUGACCGGCUUCUAUCCCGCAAAAGUAGGAUCUACUGGUGCUAGCAAACGAGAUGAAUUAGAUGUCGGAUUCGCCUUUGAUCUUUCUGCCCGACCUUCAGCCAGAACCACAAAAGGUCAAACCUGCAAUCCUACUUCAUAUACUACACUUGAAGACAGUCGUAAUCGAACUCCGAAGACACUAAUAUCCAUGGCGAGGUAUAUGACUAGUAUUUCCCAAGGAAUAAUUUAUUUUUUAUAUAUACUGAGCCCCCAAUAUAGUCUUGGAAAAUCAGUUUUAAGUAACAUCUUCAUAGUUUAGACUGUUUUUGACGAUAUUCAAUCCUUUUUAUAUAGAACUUUUAGUUUUUGUUUUCGAUAACGAAUUUUCGGAAAGAAACGUGCUUAAUAUUUGUUAUUUGACUCAGCUCGUUUUGUAGGAUAUGUACUAACAAAUAAUUGACGGUCUGGUUAACAUUUUGACCUAUAAACGACUGUAAAACACAAGCUAUUGUUUCUAUUAAAAGCAAAUGUAAAUCUGAUAUAUUGCUUAUCGGCAAUCCAUUUUUGCACGUAAAAUUAUCAAUCCGUCAUACUCUUCACUUGUUUUUUUCAUUAUUUGACUCGUGAAAGCAAUGUUGCACAAAACCAGUUCAUUUUUAACAAAAUAUCUAGUAUCGAAUAAUACCUGUAUCAGUUUCUUUUUUAGACAUAAAGAUGUAAAUGUACUUGGUGUAUAUCGAUGUUAAGACUGGUCUUGUAUCAUUCUCAGUAACUUCAGUAAUCCUAAAUAUACACACUUCUAAUGCAGGCGUUAAAAAUAUUUCUAAGCAUAUUUAUAUUUUUUGUAGCCCAUUGACUUAGGCACUCGUUUUAAUUCAAUCGUCAAACAAUUGUCUGUCCACCAACUUAUCGACGGUACAAUGUUAUCAUAUAGCUAUGUUAUCAUAUACAAAAAGCUAAGUUUGAAGUUCAGUACAAAAAUACAUGUUAUAUCACAUCUCUUUACAAGUGGAAAGUCAUACUUCAAACAGAAGUGACUCACGUCGAGUUGCUUCAUUUUUCAAUAUUGCAAGUACAACAAUUAUCCUUAAUAAAUGUAUUUCUCUGAAUACUCUUAUUGCUUAGUUCACAACCACCUCAGUUGUUUCAUGCCCCACGGCUAUCUUCAAUCAUAGUAGUAAUGACAGACCAAGUUUGUUAUAUUGUCUGUUACUCAAAACCACUUUCACAUAAAUUAUCUUGAUUGUGAAUAAAUUGAACAUGUACUACCCCCAUUCGUUUAACGUUACGUUUGUACUUUUUUAGUAGAUUUUUUUACCACAAUUUUUUAUCGUAUUUCUGUUAGUGAUGUUAGUACAUCUGGAACUACUGUGAUCAUAACUACCGAACAUGCAACUGAUGAAGAUAAUAAGCCAAGUUUCGUACCAAAUGAACCCGUAAAAACUAACCAGUCCCAGUUUUCUGUUCAUAAACAAACUCCUUAUACUUUCGGAAAUCAUAUGAGUCAAUCAUAUCUUCGAGCUAGCGGUUUAGCAUCUCGUGAGUAUUUCCGAUAUCGUGCUGCUUGUCUGGCAGAUCGUGAAAAAUCAGGUGCAGGACAGUCACAAGAAAUGAAUACAUUGUAUAGGUUCUGGUCAUUCUUUUUACGAGACAACUUCUUUCAUGGUAUGUACAAGGAAUUCAAACGGUUGGCUCUCGAAGAUGAAGCAUCUGGUUAUCGAUAUGGAUUGGAAUGCUUGUUUCGAUUUUACUCGUAUGGUUUGGAACGUCGUUUCAAAUGGUCGCUUUAUAAGGACUUCCAGGAACAAGCCUUGAGAGACUACAAAAACGGACAUCUAUAUGGGUUGGAAAAAUUCUGGGCUUUCUUACAUUACAGUGGACGCAAAGUAGAAGUCAACCAUGCACUAAAAGAGUUACUACAGAAGUACAGGACUAUUGAAGACUUUCGUGUCAAUUUUGAAGUUCCUGAUGGAUUUUUUGGUUAUCGCAAAAGACUUCCUUCUACAUCAGCUUCUGUGCCUUCAAAUACAUCCUCCGAUUUCUCUACUCAGCCCACUUCUGUUUGAGUUAUGUGUUAAUUAUUAUAUUCCCACUUCAAUCAGUUGGAUGACCGAUGUUCUAAUUACUAAAGAUUCUUUUUUCUCUUUGUAUUUAAUUAACUUUCUCACUAAACGUAUUAUUAAACAGUUUCCAGUAAUUUCAGACAACACAGUGAUCUAAUGCGACUCACUAUCAGGACACUUUUGAAAUUUAUUAGUACUCCUAUGUGUUAUGAGGGAUAAUUUAAUAUUUACCCCUGACCAAUAUAUUUUUAUUUAGAGCAUUUUUUCAAUAUGUGGCUUCCACUGUUGGAACCUUGUGUUUAAAUUUUUGUGUACACAUUUUUUUACUUAUGUGAUAAUACCACCGUACAUUCUUUAUUCUAAAACUUAUAAUUUUUUUUGGAAAAAAGUAAAUCCUUAAUGCGUAAAUAAUAACAGUUACAAUGUAAAAUGAUGCUAUUUUUCCUUACAAAAUGUAAGCUUAAAUUUGGCUUUUGUCUCGUAUUCGUUUAAAUACAUAGCUAUUGCACAUUUU